CAUUCACACAGGCUACUUUCUUCAUACUUUCUCAGUUUCAGUCAUUUUCUCCAUCUGCCACUUCUACUCUAUUCCACACUGCAACUCUCUCUCUCCCCCCCCCCCCCCCCCUCUCAAGAAUUCACCGCAGCUGCAGUCAGAGCUGAGUGAGGUUCACUGCUGUAAUAAUAUUAAAUAUACAUAUCUGCUUUGGAUUUGUCGGUGGCACUCGGGGUUGUACUCUGUUGUUGUAUCUUUUAAUUUUCUCCCCGUAAAAGAAACAAGAUUUUGUAAAAGGAACUGUUCCAAGAUCGAGUUUUACUUGUGUACAUAACCCCAUUCCCCUGCUCACAACUUGUUCCAAGAUCACUUGCUAAGCUGCUGCUCCGACACCCCUUGGACUUUGUUCCCUUGAUCUUGGCAAGAGGAGUACAUUACAGCUUAAUUGUAAGAAGAGUAAAUAACUAGUUUUGGUGGUGCUUCUUGGAUUCUCGGGUUGAAGAAUUUUUUUAACAAGUAGUAGUUGGAUUAGUUCCGGUGUUUCUGCAUAUAGGUUUUCAUUUGUUGAAAUGUUGUAGUAUGAGCAUCUGGAAACUGUAAUAUAGGAGUGAUUGAGAAUUUGGCGAUGGACGAAGGAAAUGUAAUUAGGCCAUCGCCGUUGAGGCCCGUUGGUGGUUCUUUGAAGUCACCAUCUUCAGGUAGGUCAUCACCAAGGGGUUCUCCUUCGUUUAGGAGGUUAAACUCUGGACGCACUCCAAGAAGAGAGAGCAGGACUGGUGGGAUUGGUUCUCAGUGUUUCAGAAGUAACCGCAUUGUUCUUUGGUUGCUUCUGAUCACACUUUGGGCUUAUGCUGGAUUUUAUUUUCAGUCAAGAUGGGCCCAUGGAGAUAAUAAGGAAGAUCUUUUCAGUGGUGGUUAUGGUGGUGAGUCGAAUGGUGGGAAUUCUGAACCACAACUGAAUAAGAGGAGGGACUUGAUUGCUAAUGUUGAUUCUGGGGCCAUUAAGUUGCAGAGUGAUACGAAUCAGUCAAGUUUGAAGAAUAUUGAUGUUGUUCUCAUGAAGAAUGGAAGUAGUGUUUCUUUGAACAAAAGCACGUCACAGAAGAAAAAAAGCAAGAGAUCAGGCCGUGGGUCCCGUAAGAAGAGCCGAGGUAAGCUGAAGGUUGUGACAGAAGAUGUAGAAAGUGAAAUUGAUAUACAGGAAGAGGAAAUUCCGAAGCAGAAUACAACAUAUGGAUUCCUUGUUGGUCCAUUUGGCUCUGUUGAGGAUAAAAUUUUAGAGUGGAGUCCUGAGAAGCGCUCAGGUACCUGUGACAGGAAGGGUGCAUUUGCUCGUCUUGUUUGGUCUAGAAAGUUUGUGUUGAUAUUCCAUGAGAUGUCCAUGACUGGAGCUCCACUUGCAAUGCUGGAGCUAGCGACAGAAUUUCUGAGCUGUGGGGCUACAAUUUCAGUUAUAGUUCUCAACAAAAAGGGUGGCCUGAUGCCAGAACUUGCUAGAAGAAAAAUAAAAGUGCUUGAGGACAAGACGGAUCUAAGCUUCAAAACAGCCAUGAAAGCAGAUCUCAUCAUUGCAGGGUCUGCUGUCUGUUCAUCCUGGAUAGAGCAAUACCUCUCACGUACUGUACUUGGUUCAACUCAAAUCAUGUGGUGGAUCAUGGAGAACAGACGAGAGUAUUUUAAUCGAUCGAAGCUUGUCCUCAACCGAGUAAAGAAGUUGAUUUUCCUGUCUGAAUCACAAUCCAAACAGUGGCUAGCCUGGUGUGAGGAAGAAAACAUUCAUUUAAAUUCCGAGCCAGCCCUGGUGCCGCUCUCCGUCAAUGAUGAGCUGGCCUUUGUAGCUGGCAUUCCCUGCUCACUAAACACUCCGUCUUUCACGACAGAGAAUAUGCUGGAGAAGAGGCAAGCAUUGAGAAGUACGGUUAGAAAAGAAAUGGGACUGACUGAUGAUGAUAUGCUCGUCAUUUCCUUGAGCAGCAUAAACCCUGGAAAGGGUCAAUUGUUGCUUUUAGAAUCGGCACGCUUGAUGAUUGAACAGCAACUACAGAUGAACACUUCCGACUCCAAAGAUUCAAUCUUAAUUGACCAUGAUUAUUAUUCGAGGGCGCUGCUGCAGAAUAGGCUAACAGAUGGUGGAUCCUCCGAGGGAUCAACUUUUGAUGCUGGAACGAAAUACAUAAGCUCACCCCGUAUCUUUUCGAACAAGGGUACAGUUGGUCCACUGAGGUUUGAUAUAGAUGCUAGCAUGAGAAAACUUUUAUCUGAGAGCAAAGGAAAAAAGGAACAGAAUCUUAAGAUUCUCAUUGGUUCAGUAGGAUCAAAAAGUAAUAAGGUACCUUAUGUGAAAGCACUUCUUACAUAUCUAUCUAUGCAUUCAAAUUUGUCGAAGUCUGUGCUGUGGACCCCAGCAACGACCCGUGUUGCCUCUCUUUAUGCUGCGGCUGAUGUUUAUGCCAUGAAUUCCCAGGGAGUGGGAGAGACAUUUGGAAGAGUAACAAUUGAGGCAAUGGCAUUUGGACUUCCUGUUCUUGGGACCGACUCUGGAGGCACAAGAGAGAUUGUCGAACACAACGCAACAGGUCUCCUCCAUCCGUUAGGACGUCCAGGGGCUAAAGUUCUUGCAAGGAAUCUGGAAUUCUUGUUGCAGAAUCCGUCAGCAAGGCUAGAAAUGGGAAAGAGAGGUAGAGAGAACGUGGAGAAAAUGUACUUGAAAAAACACAUGUUCCAGAAAUUUGGUGAGGUGUUGUACAAGUGCAUGAGAAUAAAGUAGCAUUUGCAGCAGCAGCAGCUCAUACUUCAUUCUUUCUAUUUUUGUUCAGAAAUCUACAAGUGUGAUCACCAGACGAGUAAAAGUAUAGAUGCAUAUUCAUCAUUUCC